CCUUCCUUUCAGCUGUCCCCUGUCCCUCUGAGCGCCACUCCCUUUGGCCAGCCAGUAGUGGUGUUGUGGUGUGAGACUCUGGGGCUCGCUAAGAGAUCCUCAUAGGCUUGUAGGGAGCCUCAAAACUAGAAUUUGGAUGUACCUCUGGUUUGAGAAAGUGGGGAGGAAGGCAAGAUUCCCUACGGGUCCCCAAGUGCCCUCCUCUUCAUGAUCCAUACUCCUGUUCCCAGGUCCCAGGAGCCAGAGCCUCAGUCCAGUCACCACUCACUUAGAUUGGCAGGGAAAGUCUGGGAUGGAGGCUGGGACAGGGGCCUGGAGUCCAAACCUUCAUCAUCCCCCAGAUUGAUUCUGGAGUGGGCCAGGGCCAAGUGUGUGAACGGCAAAUACAGCAAGAGGAAGGGGCGGUUCAAACGGUCAGAUGGCAGCACGUCCUCAGAUACCACGUCCAACAGCUUUGUCCGCCAGGGCUCAGCAGAGUCCUACACCAGCCGUCCAUCGGACUCUGACGUGUCUCUGGAGGAGGACCGGGAAGCCUUAAGGAAGGAGGCGGAGCGCCAGGCGCUAGCGCAGCUUGAGAAAGCCAAGACUAAGCCGGUGGCAUUUGCUGUGCGGACUAACGUUGGCUACAACCCGUCUCCAGGGGACGAGGUGCCUGUGCAGGGAGUGGCCAUCACCUUUGAGCCCAAGGACUUUCUGCACAUCAAGGAGAAAUACAACAAUGACUGGUGGAUUGGGCGGCUGGUCAAGGAGGGCUGCGAGGUGGGCUUCAUCCCCAGUCCCGUCAAACUGGACAGCCUGCGCCUGCUGCAGGAACAGAAGCUGCGCCAGAACCGCCUCAGCUCCAGCAAAUCAGGUGACAACUCCAGUUCCAGUCUGGGAGACGUGGUGACUGGCACCCGCCGCCCCACACCCCCUGCCAGUGCCAAACAGAAGCAGAAGUCGACAGAGCAUGUGCCCCCCUAUGACGUGGUGCCUUCCAUGAGGCCCAUCAUCCUGGUGGGACCGUCGCUCAAGGGCUAUGAGGUUACAGACAUGAUGCAGAAAGCUUUAUUUGACUUCUUGAAGCAUCGCUUUGAUGGCAGGAUCUCCAUCACUCGAGUGACGGCGGACAUAUCCCUGGCUAAGCGCUCCGUCCUCAAUAACCCCAGCAAACACAUCAUCAUCGAGCGUUCCAACACGCGCUCCAGCCUGGCUGAGGUACAGAGUGAGAUCGAGCGAAUCUUUGAGCUGGCUCGGACCCUUCAGCUGGUCGCUCUGGAUGCUGACACCAUUAACCACCCGGCCCAGCUCUCCAAGACCUCGCUGGCCCCCAUCAUUGUUUACAUCAAGAUCACCUCUCCCAAGGUACUUCAGAGGCUCAUCAAGUCGCGGGGGAAGUCUCAGUCCAAACACCUCAACGUUCAGAUAGCAGCCUCGGAGAAGCUGGCACAGUGUCCCCCUGAAAUGUUUGAUAUCAUCCUGGACGAGAACCAACUGGAGGAUGCCUGCGAGCACUUGGCAGAGUACUUGGAAGCCUAUUGGAAGGCCACACACCCGCCCAGCAGCACGCCGCCCAAUCCGCUGCUGAACGGCACCAUGGCUACUGCAGCCCUGGCUUCCAGCCCUGCCCCUGUCUCCAACCUCCAGGGACCCUACCUUGCUUCCGGGGACCAGCCGCUGGAACGGGCCACCGGGGAGCACGCCAGCGUGCACGAAUACCCGGGGGAGCUGGGCCAGCCCCCAGGCCUUUACCCCAGCAGCCACCCACCGGGCCGGGCAGGCACCCUGCGGGCGCUGUCCCGCCAAGACACGUUUGAUGCCGACACCCCCGGCAGCCGAAACUCUGCCUACACGGAGCUGGGAGACUCGUGUGUGGACAUGGAGACCGACCCCUCAGAGGGGCCAGGGCUUGGAGACCCUGUGGGGGGCGGCACCCCACCAGCCCGACAGGGCUCCUGGGAGGAUGAGGAAGACUAUGAGGAGGAGCUGACCGACAACCGGAACCGGGGCCGGAAUAAGGCCCGCUACUGCGCUGAGGGUGGGACUCCAGCUCUGGGGCGCAACAAGAAUGAGCUGGAGGGCUGGGGACGAGGCGUCUACAUCCGCUGAGAAGAGGGGCCCCCGCUGUGGGAGGGCAGAGGGGCUCACCACCCGAGAUGUGUGCUGCCUCCAGGGGGCGCCGUCUCCCUCCUCUCAGAUGCCUUCGCGACGCAGUGUUUGGCUGGUAUCGCCGCAGCUUCUGGGAGGCCCUCAUGGCCAGCCGCAGGUUUUUACCUGCCUGCUGUGGAUGGAUGGGGGGAUACCCACCUUUCUGAAGUGUCCCCUUUUCCCCAUCUCAGGGGGCUCUUCUCCCAGAGAAAAGGUGCACUUCCUUAACUUUCUAUUCCGGCCUCUAAGUGAGGGCCACAAAUGGGGCGGCCCUUCUCGCACCCUGGAGUGUUUGGGAAGGGUUGGGCGCUUUCCCCAAGGUGGCUCUCUUUCCCAAACCCCAGAUCCACCGUCCCUUACCAGGUCCGCCCCCCAGCUUCCUGGCAGCAUUGUCUGGUGGGUGAAGGCCCCGAAGUGUGGAAUCCCGGGGGGGGAAGCAGCUGGUCUCAAGGAGGGCUCUGGGUGGAAAUGAAGGCAUCAGGUGAGGCCCCCUUCGUCCUCAGUAGCCACCGCAAUGCAGGGCCCAGAGCCCUGAGAAGUGGACCACCCUGGACACUGCUACCCACCCACCACUUCCAUACCUCGGCCUUCAUCUGCCCCAGGAAUGAGCUUGCCUCUGACAUUCCCUGCCUGCUGCUGUCAGAAGAGGGCCCCCCCUGCAUCUGAGCUCCCCUGACCCCGCCCCUGUGCUACCUGGGUGUGGAGCCCAUGGGACAGUGGUCUGCCUCAUUUUAAACCAAAAAACUGCUCCUUCACCCUCACCGUGAGGCCCCAGGGGUGAGGCCUGGGGGUUGGUGCCCCAGUGGUACCCACCAUCCCAGGGGUCACUUCAGGACUUUGGACCUCCCCUGGGGCCUCAGCUGCUGCUACUGCUGCUCUGUAUUCACCUCUUGUGAUCCUGUCCUUCACCCGAGUCCACUUCCUCCAGGACAGGCUGCGGUUCCCCUUCUCCCCUGGGGUACCCUCUGCCUCAGCACCCCUACAGCCCAGCGCCCCUGACCCUCCUCAGCACCCCAGCUGGGCCGGAGAGAGCCGAUUGUGCCAACGAGGACUGGGCCCUGCCCGGCUGCCCGCCUCAGGGAUGGGCACCUCACGCCUGUCUCACAACCUCCUGUGCCAAUGUUUUCCCACCCCCUGGGUGGGUGCAGCUUCCUCUUACUGGUUAGAAGUCC